UGAUCUGCCCAGCUCAGCCUCCCAAAGUGCUGGGAUUACAGGCGUGAGCCACGGCGCCUGGCCCAAUAGAGGCAUAUUUGUCAAGAUAAUGUGAGUAACUUUCAGAAUGUUUUUGUUCUCAAGAUACUUGAUCAUGGAACUUUUAACCUUAAGAUGAAUCACAAGCAGACAUUUCUGCUACACAUACCUGAUGAAUGUAGUUUCCUAGCUUUGGUCAUUUCAUCCAGAGACCCCAGGAAAGUGUUGAAGUGCAGACAUGCUAUGUGUGGUGGGGGGGGAUACACGCUGUGUAUUGGAGUGCAGAUGUAGUGUGUGUUGGAGUACACACUGUGUAUUGGGGUGCACACUGUAUUGGGGUGUAGAUGUGUGGGGGCCCACACUAUAUUGAGGUGCACAUUGCAUUGGGAUGCAGAUGUGUUUGCUGGGAUGCACACGUGCUGUGUUGGGGUGCACACUGUACUGGGGUGCAGACAUGGUGUUAGAGUGCAGUUUAUUGGGGUACACACUGUGCAUUGGUGUGUAUACUGUACUGGGGUGCAGACAUAGUGUGUGCUGGGGUGCACACUGUAUUGGAAUGCUGAUGUGUGUGCUGGGGUGCAUCCUGUGUAUUGGGGUGCACUUAUUGGGAUGCAGACUGUGCUGGGUUGCACACUGUGUAUCGGGGUGCACUGUUGCGAUGCUGACGGGGUGCUGCAGUGCACACUGUAUUGGGGUGCAGAUGUGUGUGCUGGGGUGCACACUGUAUUGGGGUGCUCACGUGUGUUAUGGGGUGGACACUGUGUAUUAGUGUGUUGACCUGCGGUGUGCUGGGAUGCACACGUGCUUCGCUAACAGGCCAGGGCCCGGCAGCAGAAGCUUGCGCUGUAAACGCUCCCCCGGCGCCGCGCACACAGGUCCAGGCUUGUACCGGGCGCACACGGACGCCUCGCAGGACCUGGGCUAAUAAGGAGAGGAGAUCGGCACGGUCCCGCCUCUUCCUACGGCCUGCCGGCGCGGCACCGCCCUCCUCCCGCCACCCCUGGCCUUCCCCGCCCCCACCCCUUCGGGCUCUGGUUCUCCACCCUGGCGGCGGGCGACCAGAGCCAGGCCAGAAGCAGGCUACCUGAGGACCGCUUCCGGGAGUGGGCGUGGCCCCAAGGGCGUAGGCGGGGCGGGGCCGUGCUGCUUUUGCGCGCUGGGCCGCGUCCCUGGUGUGGUUCCUGUCUCCGCCCAGUCGUAGGCUCUGGCCGCUGACAUGCUGAGGACGCGCGGCCGAGGCCUGGGCGCCCCGCUGCUCCAGGCCGCGCUGGGCCUCGGGCCGGCUGGGUGGCACUGGCCUGAGGGCCGGGCGGCGAGCGGGGGACGCGGGCGGGCCUGGCUGCAGCCCACGGGCCGGGAGACGGGCGUGCAGGUGUACAACAGCCUCACUGGAAGGAAGGAACCCCUAAUCGUGGCGCACGCCGAAGCCGCCUCCUGGUAUAGCUGCGGACCAACUGUAUAUGAUCAUGCGCACCUUGGCCAUGCUUGCUCGUAUGUUAGAUUUGAUAUCAUUCGAAGGAUCCUAACCAAGGUUUUUGGAUGCAACAUAGUCAUGGUGAUGGGUAUUACAGAUGUAGAUGACAAAAUCAUCAAAAGAGCCAAUGAGAUGAAUAUUUCCCCCGCUUCCCUCGCCGGUCUUUAUGAGGAAGACUUCAAGCAGGACAUGGCAGCCCUGAAGGUUCUCCCACCCACGGUGUACUUGAGGGUAACCGAAAAUAUUCCUCAGAUAAUUUCUUUCAUUGAAGGAAUCAUUGCUCGUGGGCACGCUUACUCAACGGCAAAAGGCAAUGUCUACUUCGAUCUGAAGUCUAGAGGAGACAAGUAUGGCAAACUGGUCGGCGUGGUCCCUGGUCCAGUCGGAGAGCCAGCGGACUCUGACAAGCGUCAUGCCAGUGACUUUGCCCUGUGGAAGGCGGCCAAACCCCAGGAGGUGUUCUGGGCCUCUCCCUGGGGACCCGGGAGGCCGGGUUGGCACAUCGAGUGCUCUGCCGUCGCUAGUAUGGUAUUUGGAAGUCAACUGGAUAUCCAUUCAGGUGGGAUAGAUUUAGCUUUUCCACAUCAUGAAAAUGAAAUUGCACAGUGUGAAGUCUUUCAUCAGUGCGAGCAGUGGGGAAAUUAUUUUCUGCAUUCUGGGCAUUUGCACGUGAAAGGCAAAGAAGAAAAAAUGUCCAAAUCAUUAAAAAACUACAUUACUAUUAAGGACUUUCUGAAGACUUUUUCCCCUGACGUCUUCCGGUUCUUCUGCCUGCGGAGCAGCUACCGCUCAGCCAUCGACUACAGCGACAGCGCCAUGCUCCAAGCCCAGCAGCUGCUCCUGGGGCUGGGCUCUUUCCUGGAGGACGCACGUGCCUACAUGAAGGGGCAGCUGGCCUGCGGCUCUGUCGGAGAAGUGAUGCUGUGGGAGAGGCUCGCCAGCACCAAGAGGGCCGUGAAGGAGGCCUUGGCAGAUGACUUUGACACACCCAGGGUACUUGAUGCCAUCCUGGGCCUUGCGCACCAUGGGAACAGACAGCUCAGGGCGGCCUCGAAGGAACCUGGAGUGCCGAGAAGUCCUGCGGUGUUCGGUGCCAUCAUCUCUUACUUUGAACAGUUUUUUGAAACCGUUGGAAUUUCUCUGGCCAGUCAACGGUUCUACUUCUGCAGUUGGCAAACUCUCGUGUGCAGAACCAGAGAUGAGUCCGUCUCAGCAACAGUGUCACCAGCUCUGCACACGUUUAUGUUGAAAGACUCUCAGAAUGUGCAGAAGUCACAGGCACGCCGCAGUCACACUUUUUCCUGACCCAUUUGAGGGCACGUUGGCGGCCCGAGCCCCCUUGCCUGGCGCAUGCUUCCUAUGGACUAUGGACAGGACAAGCCCCCCGACAGGUACGAGCUGCGCCUGCACCUUCCUGGCGAGGCUCACCCUGGCUGCGCAGUGAAGAUGGACAUUGCCAGGCUUCUCCACGUUCCUCCUCUUCCCUCGUAACUGGAGCAUUUUUGCAAAGAGACUUGGAUCCUGUGAAAAUACCCCCUUCCUUACCAGGCUCACCUGGAACUCGUUUAUUGUGUCAGUACAUAUUUGAGGUUUCCCGCCUUAUUCUUAAAGUUCCCCCUCCCAUCGCUUUUUAUGAGUAUAUGGCUGAUGAGGCCCCUUGGAACUGGUGCUGUAUCCCUGAACGUCCCUGUCAUUCUCUGGACGCCCUUGGAGAAUUCUCAGCACAGGGUGCUCUGGCUCUUUUGGGGUGUGGCUCGGCUGCUGCUGCCUGGACGGAGGCUGCCACUCUAGACCAGCUGCCCAGCACCCCGAGGGUCCCGCUGCUUGGGACUGGGGCCCGAGCAGGUGUGCUGGAGGCUUGGCUCCGAGCUGGACACGUCUCGCUGGCUCUCAACAGAGAACUAUAGUGUCUUUUCCAAGUCUGGCUCAUUUAUAUACCUGUUGAUCACCUGGUAGACCUAGUUUCCCUUUCUGGCAGUCCAGCGUCUGUUGCCAAUCAUAUAAAAGUCGACUGGUGUGAGAUGACCAAGUCUUUGCAGUGUACAUUGUUCAUUUUUAGGGGGGCUUUCCAGAGUCUGUAUUGAGUAAGAAAAGUGGGAUCUGGCCAAGCUCUGCCUAGCCCUUGUCAAAGAUACCUCAUUCACCUUCCUCCGGCCACAAGGGCUAGCGUCUGGGCCCACUCUGGGCUCGUAUUUUUGUAAUAACAAAAAUUGUCUUUUAUCACGGAAGCACUGACUGAGGGGUGUAUGCACUUAAGUAGUUUGACACCAAGGUAUAAGGUUGUCUGUCUCUUAUUUUACACACAUGAAUUUAACAAACAGGUACAGCUGCCCCUUCCAUACUGCCCCAGGAUCCCUUUUCAGUGGGAGGACAGCGCACAGGCCUUCCGCCCCAAUCCGGUCCUCAGCACCCGAGGCUGUGACUCACACCAUUUGCCGAAACACGUCUGCAAGCGCUCAGCCGCUGCCUCCCAGCCUCCUCCUCAGGUUGCUCCUGAUACCUCAGCCACACUUGUGUGGGGUCUGGAACCCAGGGAGCGCUUGUGUUCAGGGCAGGGUGGUGUGCAGCCCCCAGCCCAUCCUUCUAACUCCCAAGUGAGCAUCAGUCAGCCUUGCUUGGAUGACAGAUGCUCAGAGUUGAGAGUGGAGACUUGCCCAGAGCCCAGUGCUUGCGGGCUGUACCCAGCCCUGCCAGGCCCAGAAAGAGGCCCAGCUGUAGGCCAUCAGGGAAGCCCAGGGCUGGGUGGGUCUCAGCCGAGAGCCCAACCACCCGGGGUGUCCACAGUCUCCAGGGGAUGU